AGUCUCUAUGAUCGGCCGCCCCUGGGACCGCCGAGGGGGUUGGAUGCGCCUGCGCGAGCCGGGCCCCUUUAGGCCGCUCCUGCCGCCACGACCAUCCACAUAACUGUAUGCGUUGAGCGGAGACGCGCGGGCUCGGCGACAAUAACAGCCGCCCCGCCCUCUCCCCUCCGGUGGGCCCUGCUGCGCCGCCGUGAGGAGCCGGUUCUCCUCCCCGCGUCCUCCUGAUCUGGGCCGGGCCGCUGGCUCCCCUGGAGUUCCGCGACGGCAAAUGGUGGGGCCGGAGGAUGCCGGAGCUCAGGGCGGCGCAGCAUUGCUUCCCUCAGGCCGGGACAAGGAGGCGGAGGAGGCGGAGGGCGAGGAGGAGGAUGCGGAAGCGGACAACAAGCGGGAUGGGAGCCGAGAGGGCUCCCGGGACCGACUGCAUCGCUACCUGGCGGGCAAGAGGCCGCCCAACGGGGACGCCUGCGGCGGAGGGAGAAUGACCAACGGGGACGCCGGCUUUCUGCUCCUCUCCCCGCCGCCGCCCCGCGAGGGCCCGCCGGGCUCCGAGGCGCCCGCGUCUCCGCAGCGCGGCGAGGAGAAGCUACACAACGGCGGCUGCGCCUUGUUCCUGAGCGGCGUGGCCGUCGCUGAGCCGCCGAGCGGGAGCAGCCUGGCGGGGGCUGCCCUGCCUUCGGCCCCGUUUCCUUCGCCCACCUCCUCCUCGUCCUCCUCCGCCGCCACCUCGUCCUCCUCCGCCGCCUCCAGCUCCUCGGGCACCCCCGAGGAGGCGGAGAGCUUGUCUUCCCCGGCGAGGGCGCUCCCUUGCCUGCCCGCCUUGGCCUUCAUGGACAUCAGCCUCAACUCGCGAAACACCUUCGAGGUGAACCGCCGCCGCAGCGCCCCCGUGCACUUGCCGCCGCCGGAACCUCCGGACGCCCCCUCCACCGGCGCCCACACUGCGGCCGCUGGGUCAGAGCAAGGGGAUCGGACCAAACGGCUGAGUGGGAUCUCCGGGUCCAGUUUUGCAGAAUUUUUCACGAGGAACUUCUUUACCAAAAGAACAAAGGAACUCAGGCCUGGUAUCCAUAGUGCUCCUGGCUGGAAGUUAUUUGGAAAAGUUCCCCCGAAAGAGAACCUGCAGAAAGACUCCAAAAUAAUUCAACAGGAAGAAAGUUCUGGCACUGUUGCAUCAGUAUCUACACUCAGUCUAUUAAACACUGGGGAAUAUGAAGCACGGAUAGGAAAAUUGUGUAAACCUGCACCCCAAGCAACAAGGCGUAGACACUUUGAGUUUGAGCCACUUUCAACCACUGCUCUUAUUCUGGAGGAUCGACCAUCGAACCUUCCCGCAAAAUCUACGGAGGAGGCUUUACGUCACAGACAAGAAUAUGAUGAAAUGGUGGCAGAAGCAAAAAAGAGAGAAAUUAAAGAAGCUCACCGAAGAAAGAAAAUAAUGAAAGAACGCUUCAAACAAGAGGAGAAUAUUGCUAGUGCUAUGGUGAUUUGGGUCAAUGAAAUUCUGCCUAAUUGGGAGAGCAUGCGUUCUACAAGGCGAGUGCGAGAAUUAUGGUGGCAAGGAUUACCUCCAAGUGUUCGGGGAAAGGUUUGGAGUCUUGCUGUAGGAAAUGAAUUGAAUAUCACUCCUGAACUCUAUGAAAUCUUCUUAUCUAGAGCCAAGGAACGAUGGAAGAUUUUUGGAGAGACAGGGACUGAAAAUGAUACCGAAGAUGCUGGAGCAUCACUUGCUGACCGAGAAGCUAGCUUGGAGUUAAUAAAAUUGGAUAUAUCCCGCACAUUUCCAUCCCUUUAUAUUUUUCAGAAGGGUGGCCCUUAUCAUGACCUCUUGCACAGUGUCUUGGGAGCAUAUACAUGUUACAGACCUGAUGUAGGAUACGUCCAGGGAAUGUCUUUCAUUGCUGCGGUUCUCAUACUUAAUCUGGACGAGGCAGAUGCUUUUAUUGCCUUUGCAAACCUUUUGAACAAGCCAUGCCAGCUAGCCUUUUUUCGUGUGGAUCAUAGCAUGAUGCUGAAGUACUUUGCAGCAUUUGAAGUAUUUUUUGAGGAAAACCUGCCUAAACUGUUUCAUCAUUUUAAAUCCUAUAAUCUUACCCCCGACAUAUACUUGAUAGAUUGGAUCUUCACCCUAUACAGCAAGUCACUACCCCUUGAUUUGGCCUGUCGAGUUUGGGAUGUCUUUUGUAGAGAUGGAGAAGAAUUUUUGUUCAGAACUGGGUUAGGAAUCCUUAGGUUAUAUGAAGAUAUUCUCCUGCAGAUGGACUUUAUUCAUAUAGCACAGUUUCUAACAAAGCUACCAGAAGAUAUCACGUCAGAGAAGCUCUUCUCAUGCAUUACAUCUAUUCAGAUGCAGAAUAGUAACAAGAAAUGGGCUCAGGUGUUUGCCUCAUUAAUGAAGGAUAGCAAAGAAGGAGACAGGAACCAUAGUCCAGCACUAAAAAGUUAACUUCCAAGUUCAAUUGGAAAAAACCACUUGGUUGUGAAAGAAUUCUUCUAAACAUCUUCUCAGUGAAAACCACUAAAAACGGCUUCAGAGACUGAAGAAGAAACAGUAUUGACUGAACGCAGUGGUGGAAUUUGACGGUCCUUAUCCUGCUGCCAGUAUUAAAGACCUCUUUUGUGGGAAGAUACCUUUUCACAGGAAGCAGAACAAUAAAGUAUGAAACUGAGAAAGUGGCUAUCGCAUAUUUAAUAUUUAAAGUUGAAUGCAAUAACAUUUGUAAUAACUUUUGUUGGUACUUAAAAUUUUGAGGGAUACCUUUUUUAUAAUUACCACAAAGGCACUUUUGGGGGCAGGGCUGGUGUUUUAAAGUAAGGCCCCAGAAACUGCUACCUGAACCAAAUGUUUUGGUACAAAUACCUCCAAAAUUACAGAUGAAGUCCUUAGGACCAAAUCAGGUUUUGUUUUGGUGUACAUGCUUGCCCAGGAACAGGAGGCUUUUACGCACGUCUUACAAAACUCCUUUUAAACUGCAGUUUCGCUUUCCAACUAAGUGAACGCAUGUAAGCGAAUACGGAGGAAACUGCAUGCAAUUUUGCAUAUGGAGCCAUUGGCAAAUAAGUCUUUUGGCUGAAAGGUGGCAGUAACUGUGGGCUUAUGUAAGCAGCCAAGGGGGUGUUCAGCGUUUUACAUUUUGAAGUACUUUGCUUACAGGAAAAUUGGUUUCUAAUCCAUAAAAAAUCAUAUGAAUUUUUUUUAAUCAAAGUGACUUAUACUUGAUAAACACUAGUAUAAUUAAUAAGCUAGUGAUAACCCUUUUGCACAUUUUACGCAAUGUUAAUGUUGAAAGUUUUGAGUCCCUGUAUAUUAAAAGUGUUUUUCUCAUUUAAAUUUAAAGUUGAUUACUGCAGUGUGUACAAUAAUGAGUACCCAAAACGCAUCUUGUUAGUCCAUACCCUCUCUUUUAAUGUCAGCAUCGAUACUGUAAAGACAACAUGCGGAAGGUCGAACUUCCUUCACACUCCAAAACGUUUUAAAAUGGCUUUUGAACUGAGGGGAAUGGGAAAGGAUACCUCUUAAUUUCUCCGAGCAGCUAAUGCUUGUUCUUUCUAAGUCCGUUUUGAUAGUAUUAAUGUAAAUAAAAUUGCCUUUCUUUUUUUCUUUGUACCGGUCCCUGUAUGUGCAAAUAAAGUCAAAUUUAUCAUUGCAUUUAAAAAAAUAAUAAGUGAGACUGCUUCAGUUGUCAAGUGUUGCAGAGCCUAUUUUAAAGAUUUGGUUACAGUAUAUUGUAAUAUUUAUGUUGCUAUCAGAUGUAAACCACACUUCAAUAUUACUUAUUACAACAUUCAAGUUGAAGUUCAGAUGUCUGCUUUUUUUUUUCUUAUGUAUUUACUUGCUUCCGGUAUAUGUCCUUUACUUGGGUUCUCUUGUACAGUUUUCUUACUUUUCAAGUACAGUAUACACAUGUAUAUAAAUUGUAAAUAGAAGGAAUUUAGCCUUCAUUCAAAACUACUAGUAACAAUUCCUGUGUAAAUAAACUUGUAAGCAGAAUGAA